AUGAGCGUUUCAUCCCAAGUGCGUAAGCUUAGCACAAGCCCAUUUUCUCGUGAUGUCCAUAUGACAAAUCAGAAAUUGAAAAGCAUGCAAUAACAUACAGAGCAUAUUUUAAAGAUGAAUUAAAAAAAGAACAUGUCUUUAGCUACUAAUUUAGGUUCAAAAAUUGGAGUAAACAAUAAUACUGAUGAUGCAGCAAGCAGUUAAUUAUAUAGUUAAAGUUAGAAAUUUAGCUGUUCAAGCAAUACAACAUCUCCUAAGAUUUCACCUAGAGAGUAAUUGCCUUCAUCGCUUAUUUUAUAAGCAAAUAACACUCUAAAUUCUAAAAUGAGUAGCAGUAAAAUUUAAACUCAAACAAACAAUGUCGCUCAGAAAAACACUAAUUUAACUAGCUAACAAUCUAUUUAAAGUCAUAACUUGUCAAAAUAGGCUUAAAAUUCUCUCAAAUAACUGCAAAAAACUCUGCACUAAAACAGCAGUAGCAAUACAAAUAAAGGUAAAUCUUAGAGUCAAAUACCUGGUAAAUAUACACUUUAGCAAGAUACAUAAAAUAUUAGAAUAUCAACUCUUGGUAAUUCAUUAAAGCCAAGUGAAGAUACGCCAAAAUUCAAGCACUUAAAAAAUGGGGAUUGGCAGAGUUUGGAAUCAAUUUAAGGCUUAAACAACUUAUAAAGCUUAACUGGAAUUGAGGAAUUUGUUCAUCAGAAUAACACAAAUGUUCUUUGUUCUGUUUUCUCUUUUGGACACGACAGCGAUGAUGAAGAAAAUGGAAAUUUGGACUAAGAAAAAGUGAAAAGAUGUGAACCUGCUAAACCCAGCUAAUUUUCUUAGGUUAAUUCAUCUAGCAAUGGAGAAAAGAAAAAGAGAGUUUCGUUCUGCGAUCCUACCAUUCAUACAUUUUCUGCAGAUGAAGAUAUUAAGAGAUUCGACCACUAUUAUGCUGAAAAAAAUCCUACAAAAAAUAACUAAAAUCCUCAAUUGUUGAAUUAAAUACCUUCUUGUCUUUCCUAAAAAAAUAAUUAAGCUAGGCAUUCUUCUCCAAUCUCUGCUUCAUAAUAACCAGUAAAUCAGCCCGUUUCAAUAAUUAAAAAACAUGAUUAGACAUAAAUUCAUCAUUAAAAAUCUAAUUUAACAAGUGAAAACUGCUAAAAUAAUUAAUUUGUCAAUAACUAAUAAAAUAUAAACUAGAACAAUAAAGCAGAUAAUAACAAUAUAAUUGAUGGAGUGUUUUAUUCGAUGUAGUAAGCUAUUUCUUAAGAUUAAUUGAAUAAUCACGCUAUUUUCGAAUCUUUCGCUCCUAAGCAACCUUAAGGUUCAAAUAUUUAACAUUAUUCGCAAUAAUCUUAAAUGCAAAAUUAAAUAUAGAAGUAAAACUAAAUCUCAAAUAACUUAGGAAAUUAAAGAUACUCCUCUCAACCUGUUAACCAGUAAAAUCAACCAAAUUCUAUUUCAGUACUUAUCUAAAAUGCUUUUAAAAAUUUUAAUCAAAACACGACUUCUUAGAGUAAUUUAUAAAAUAGAAGUUAAUCUCCUCAUAGAGAUGAUACAAGCAUGAACAGAAAUAUUAUAAUUACUGAUAAAAUUAAUCACAUGAAUAUAAUAAAAGAAACUAGUUAAAUCACUAAAGAUUAAAGCAGUACUACAACUAAUAUCUAAUAAAACAAUUCUAAUACUCAAAACUCAAAGUUAGAAGAAGCUAGAAAAAAUCUAGUCAAGCGCGAUUCUCACAGCAUUAGUGAAAUUAUUUCUGUUUCACCUUUAAAAAAGACAACCAGUCACGAAUACCUGCUUUGUAAAGAUUAAAAUGGAAAUGGCAAUUAAAAUGACCAAUUUUCAAGUCGAAGUGAGUUAGUGCUAGCUAGACUCAGCAAAUAAGACUUAUUAUCAGAAGAUAACAAUAAAAAUAUGAUCAAUUAGGAAUAAAAAUUGGUAAAUGAAUUCUCGCUAUAAGAUGUCCAAAAUAUAAAAAUAGAAAAUUAUCUAUAAGAAAAUACUUCUAAAUCAAACGCAUCUAUUAUAAACUAAUAAAAGAACAAUACUGAAGUUACAAAUAAUUAUAUCAAUAAUAAUAAUUAUAAUGUUAGUAACGCAGAUAUUUUUUUAAAUAAUAAUUUUGCGUCAUCAACCUUAAUUGGUAAUUCACCCCAUUCAUCUAUUCCUUAAUCAUAUUCAGCUCCUUCAAACAACAAUAACAGCAACCAAAAUGCUCAUAAUUUUCCUACAACUAGCAUGAGUCAAAUCGCCUAGUAAAAUUAAUAGGGAAGUAAUUAAAAAGAUAAUAAUAAUAUAGCUUCUGCAGCUUCAUCAUUCAUUUCUUCGUGUUCACCUCCUUAUCGUUCAUAUGACUAAACAACUUUAGCUGGUUCUUCUAACUUUGCAAAUACUGACAUAAAGCUUUCUAUUAUUUAGCCUGUAAAUGCGUCUUCCUUUGCGUUUGGAUCUCAAAUAACACUUUCUCCAUAAGAGUCUAUUUCAAGUAUCCAGACAAGUCAAACCUACAACCUGAAUUUGAAUAGCAAUCCUAAUUAGAAUGCUUAAAGUAAUCCGUACAAUUCUUAUUACUAAUAAAAUGUAAAUCCCUUAAGUAAUAAUUCUCUCAAUAAUUUCAAUGGAUUAAACAGCUUACAAAAUAAUCUCUAAGGAAAUCAAUCAAACAAUUAACUUAUAAAUUAAUAAAACCUUAAUAAUAAUAGCAAUGUAAUUUAUUUAAGUAACUAAAAGGGAAUUCAAAUCCCAACUUGUUUGAGUAGCUCUUCUUCAGACGCAAACGCAAAUAAUAACACUACAGCAAAUACAAAUAAUAGCUGUGCUAAUUUAGACCUUUAUAAAGUUAAUGUACCUUCGUUUGAUCCUUCUGAGAAAAGCAGACAAGAAAAAAACAGUCAAAACAUAAUAAAAAUAAAUUUAGAAGAGAUUGCUAAUAGCUCCCUCAACAUUAACUGUCAAAAAGAAGAAUAAAAAGAUUUGAGUAGCAACUCAAAUACUAUAACAAAUAAUAGCAAUCUGACUAAUAAUUAAGCAGGAAGCAUGACAGCAACAAGUCUGAAUAACAACUGCACAAUAAAUUCUCCCUUCAGCAUAUAGUCAAAUUAAAAUUUUACUAUGACAUCAACAGCUACUGCAUUCACAAAUAAUAGAUAAAGUUUCGAAACAAACUUUUGGAGAAAUGAAGCUGAAUUAACUCCAUCUGAAUAUUUCCUUUCAUUUAUAACAAAUAAUCCUAAGCCUUGUCCUAAACCUAGUAUUGGAGGCGGUAUAGGUACACCUCAAUCAAACCCUUUAAAUUAAAAGAAAAAUAGCAUAAGUGUAAAAGAUUCAUUCAUUUCUACAUAAUCUCAUUUCAUCCCUAAACAAAACAUCGAUAAUAAUUUAGAUAGCUCAAUAGAAUUUUAUCAAAAUAAUUUCUCAUCAAGUUGCAGCUAUAUUAAGUAAAAUAAUUAAACCAAUUCUAAAUUAUCACUAAGCAACACAGCUUCAUACGGAAUCGAGCAAUCUAAAGUAAAAUCAAAAUCCCCAAAUAGAUUAAAUUCUUAUGGUACAACUUCUCUAAAAUCAUCUUAGUGUUCUUCAACAACUUAAUCUAAAAAGUAGAUUUAAACUCUUCAAUAACAAGCAGAAAUUAAAGGCAACGGUAAAAACAAAAGUUAUUCAAAUUACACAAGCACCUCGUAAAACAAUAUCCAUAGCUCUGAUACAAACCCAUAUUAAUAGCAAUUUUAUAGUUAAUAUUAUAGUAAAACUUCGUUAUCUCCAUCUAAGAGAUUAAACUAAAUUGAAUAGGACAACAACAACAACAACCAAGUCCCAAAUUAAAGCCAAAAACGCCCCGUAUUCCUAGAAUAUAACAAUGUAUCUAGCAUUAAAAAGAGCAAAAACUUAAGCAGCAGCAACAACAAUACUAAUACUAACAACAAAAAUUAAGAAGUUAGAAAUAAAAUAACAAGCCAACUUAAUAAAAGAAAGACAAGUGAGUAAUCUUAGGUAAAGAAGGACAUAACAUCUUUUUAUAACAUAUAAAAAAUAACAUAACAGAAUAAUAUGUAUAACAACUCUCUAAACAAAAGAAUCGGCACAUCAAAUCAUAAUAAUUCUAGGGAUUAAAUAAUUCAGAACUAUUACCAAUUCCAAAAUAAUUUUUAUGAAAAAGCAACUGAGCCAAUCAAUAAUAACAUCAAUAAAAAUUAUAGCUAAGAAAGAUAAGCUAAAAACUCAUCUCUUAUUUGA